AUAUUAAUCGAGGACUUAUAUGUAAGAAAUAUAAAAUAUGAAGGGUAAUACCUUAAAUCAGAAACGACCGGCGGCACCAUCUUUGAUUUUGCAAACUCGGUCACCGACUCACCAACCUCCAAAUCCUCGCAUUCUGCCAGCUGAAAACGACACCCAACCCGCGGGAGACGCCGUCGUUUUGACGCCGGUGCCUCCUCCAGGCCCUCCGCCACCGCCGGAGAAUAUUCCAGACACAAUGACGCGAAGCCUCGGCUUCUCCCUGCCCGUAACCGUCGUCGUUUUGGCAAUCGCAUACAUUUACUUCUCCACGGUCUUCAUUUUCAUAGACCGUUGGUUCGGUCUCAUGUCGUCGCCGGGUUUGAUGAACGCCGUCGUUUUCACCGGCGUGGCCGUCAUGUGCGUCUUCAAUUACUCGGCUUCCGUCUUCAGGGAUCCGGGUCGGGUUCCCUCCACGUACAUGCCCGACGUCGAAGAUUCGGGUAACCCUACGCACGAGAUCAAGCGCAAGGGAGGGGAUUUAAGAUAUUGCCAAAAGUGUUCUCACUAUAAGCCAGCUCGUGCACAUCAUUGUCGUGUAUGCAAAAGAUGUGUUUUGCGCAUGGAUCAUCAUUGCAUAUGGAUUAAUAACUGCGUUGGCCAUGCAAACUAUAAGGUCUUUUUCAUCUUUGUUGUGUAUGCUGUAAUAGCAUGCCUCUAUUCCCUGGUUUUGCUCGUCGGUAGCCUAACUUAUGAUCCCGAAAAAGAAGACCAGGAAACUGGAGACUCUUUUCAAACUGCAUAUUUUCAGGUCAUUUCUGGGCUGUUGCUAGUUCCCUUAUGUGUGGCGCUGAGUGUUCUUUUAGGUUGGCAUAUCUACCUCACUUUGCAAAACAAGACCACAAUUGAGUACCAUGAAGGAGUGAGAGGUAUGUGGCUUGCAGAGAAAGGAGGGCAAAUAUAUUCCCAUCCAUAUGAUCGUGGUGCCUAUGAAAAUUUGACAACGGUACUGGGACCAAAUAUCUGCAGUUGGGCAUUCCCCACAUCGGGACAUAUUGGAUCCGGACUUCGCUUUCGUACCGCCUAUGAUUACCCUUCUGGAGCAUCAAUGUCAGAAUGAAUUUUUCCCGGGUUCAUGAUCUUGAUUUUCAUUCUCACAAGACUUACCAGUGUGGUCGGGUUGGACGGACCUGUCUUGUGAUGAUGUCUGGCAGUCCUUUUCCAGUGUUCCCUACGAGUCGCUCCAAAAGAAGCAAAAGGACUUUUCCUUGUCCCCUACUAAUGGAAUUCAUGGUCUAGGAGUUCCUGAAACUGUUUGUUUCAACGAAACGAUUUUAGGGGAAACAAUUUAUUAUAGGGUCCUUGUCAAUAGCCGAAACUAAUCGGUCUCUGAGAAACUAGGCGCAGGAUGUGAGUUUGUUUUUUCGCUUGUCGUCGGGUAGUUACUUUGAACCAUUGUUUUACAGUUUUACAGCAUGGUCUUCAGUUGAUAGGGUUUUGUACAGAGGGGAGAAUCAGCAUCCCAGCUUUUACCAGCCAGGGCAGCUUUUGUAGAGACAGCGGGGUGUUUGUGUAACUUGGAAGAAUUGUAAUCCUUUGUAACGUUAAAGAAAUAAGAGAAAUGGUGGUUCACUUUUUCUUCUUUUACUGAAAA